AUGGCCGCCGAGGGUAAAGGAGAGUGGAACGUGGUCCCUGGAGUCUCGGUAGACGUGGGAUCAAAGAUGGCCGCCGCGUCAUGCUCGGGCUACCUCGUGGUCGCCCCACAGACUGCCCUGCACCAAGGUAGUGGUUGUUGGAAAGCAUCCAGCACAUUACUGGGUGUACGGUAUGGGGCAGCCUGA